AUGUCCAUCAAAUUCAAAUGUUUAACUUUGACUUUUAUAUUAGUCCAAUUUUCGUACUUAGAAAGUAACGAUUGGACACCGAACAAAAAAAAAGAUAAAUUUUUUAACCCUUCCAUAAUUAAGCGAGAGGAUAUAGAUGUGGACGGUGAGUUUGGUAGGUCGAACCCUUCUAGGACAGAAAAAUAUAUUCGAUCAGACAAGUUUGCGAAACGCUCCUCAGAUUUGAUCUAUAAUCGCAUCGACGAAGAUGCCAAUAAAAACAUAAAAAACGCGAUUCAAAACGCAUCAUCGCUUAAACGACGCUCUAUCGAUAACAGUAGCAAUAAAAUAGUAUUGGAGAAAGAGAACUUGGAGGUUAUAAGAUUAAAAAAUGUGAUUUCGAAAGGUAUCCUUAUUUUGACGAAUGACGUAUCGGACAAAGAGACGAAUUCUAGCAACUCAAUCGAAUCAGAGCAGGAUAUAUCGAAUGUGGAUGAAGGUGCGAAAGAGGAAAAAAUGGAUAAUAAAAAAAGUGAAUAUUUUACGGCUAACAAAUCGCUAAGCGAUGAAAAGGUGGUUAACAAGUCCCAUAAUGAUGAAAUAGAAAAUUGUAUGAGUCCUAAUUGCAUCUCGAUAUCGGCUAGACUACUAAAUUCAAUGAAUCUUUCAGUAGAUCCCUGCGAUGACUUUUAUAACUAUGCGUGUGGUGGUUGGAUCAAUGAUAAUAACAUACCAGAUGGGUCAUCCUCUUGGAGUCAUUUUCAGGCCCUUUAUCAAAAGAAUCAAUAUAUCUUGCGCAAAAUUUUAGAAACGAAGAAUAAGACCUUCGACAGCACGGCAGAGGAAAAAGCCAGGAUUUAUUAUGAAUCGUGUCUCGAUCAAGAUGAUGUAAUCGAAUCCUUAGGUGGGGACCCCAUUUUAAAUUUGCUCGAUAAAUACGGGGGUUGGAAUUUUUCUGUCUUAAAAACUCCUCUAAAAUCAUCUGAAGACAAUGUUACCGAGAUUGACGACGAAAAGGACGAAGAUCUCUUAUUGGCCAAAAUGUUGCCAAGGGAAUGGGAUUUUCAGGAAAAAAUGGAACGACUCACCGUAGAUUUCGAUCUUGGCCUGAUAUUUUCUGUUUACAUAACGGACGACGAUAAGAAUUCCACCCAAAACGCAUUAUUCAUAGAUAUAGGCAGCACGAGUCUACCCGAUUCAGACUUCUAUUUCAACGUAACCACAAUAGAAAAUUUAGAAAUACUGACAGCCUACUUGAAAUAUAUGAUUAACGUUGGCUCUCUCCUCGAAUCUAAGAUAGAAAGACGUCGGCUGUUAUCCGAAUUAGAAGAGAAACGACGGCUGUCAAAAUCGAGAGCGAAAAGAUUACUCGAGAUAAAACGGAAAGAGGAGGAGAAGAAGAAAAAAUUAUCAGCCCACCCCCCGGAAUCUAGUUCUAUAUUAGAGGGCGAUAAGCCCGUUCUGAGACGAAGAGUCGAAAAUGUUCAUACCGUGUUUGAAAGGCUCAUGAAGCGCAAAGUGAGACAAGAGAAUUCUUAUUUGGAUUCUUCGGAUAUUGUCGGCAACGGCGAUACUAAAAAUGGCAGUUUUCGCAAAUCAGCCUAUCUCAAUUAUUUUCGAUUAUUAACAAAAUCUAUGGCGAAUAUACUGGCAUUCGAAGGGAGGAUUGCUAAUUUUACACCUUCCUCUGAAAGCUUAAAAGAUAUAGAGAAAUACUACAAUCCCAUGACAUUAAAAGAAAUCGACCAAAAAUAUGACUUUAUGAAUUGGACCACUUACCUUAACAAAUUAUUCGGUCUGGUAAACUUGACUCUUACGUCCGAUCAAAUCGUAAUCGUGAGAUCAACGGAUUACUUCGCUAAUUUGACCCUCCUGAUUAAAGAAUACCUAUCGAGUGCUGAAAAGAGAACAAUCUUGAACAAUUACUUUAUGUGGCACGUCACUAAGAAGAUGCUACCAUACCUGUCCAGCGAAUUUAGGGCGACCCUUCGGCCAUUGAGUAAAGCUAUUAAAGGAUCUACCGAUGGUGUCGAUACUUGGAAAGCUUGCCUCUCCGAUACCAAUAGUAUCAUAGGAUUCCCCCUUGGAUCGUUGUAUAUUAAAGAAGAAUUUCAAGGGCGAGAUAAAACUUUGGUGAACACUAUGAUAGACAGUAUUAAAGUUUCGUUCAAAAAACAGUUGACAGGUGUAGAUUGGAUGGACGAAGACACUAAAAAAGUGGCUGCCGAAAAGGUAGAUGCCGUUAAAAACAAGAUCGGAUUUCCUGAAUAUUUACUGGAUUCAAAGUUAUUGGAUGAAAAAUACGAAGGGUUGGAGUUCAGUGUGGACGAUUAUUUCGGAAACAAUCUAAGGCAGAUUCCUUUUUACGUGCGAAAAGCUCUCCGUAAGCUAAAACUUCCCGUUGACAAGUCUAGAUGGUCCUUAACACCUCACACGGUAAAUGCGUAUUAUUCGGCUAGCGCCAACGAAAUGGUCUUUCCUGCUGGUAUUCUGCAAUCCCCUUUUUAUGAUAGCAAUUUCCCGAAAUCACUCAAUUUUGGUGCCAUGGGCUUUAUAGUAGGCCAUGAACUCACUCAUGGAUUUGAUGACACAGGGAGGCAAUUCGAUAUAAAUGGCAAUCUUAGAUCGUGGUGGAACGAAACCUCCGUCAAAAAUUUCAACGAAAAAGCCGAAUGCCUGAAGGAUCAAUAUUCUAAUUUCACAUUGGCAAGGCUAAAGAUAAAUGGUGAACAAACACUCGGCGAGAACAUAGCCGACAAUGGCGGAUUGAAGGCCACAUUUUCUGCAUUUCAAUCUUUCAAAUCAUCGAAUCCAAUGGAUACCACAAUUUUACCAGGUUUGAACAUGACCGAUGAUCAACUGUUCUUUCUCUCUUUUGCUCAAGUAUGGUGCUCGGUUGAUAGCAGGAAGUCUCUCUUUUUCGAAAUCCUAAAAGAUUCGCAUAGCCCUAAUAAAAUCAGAGUUUUGGGAACACUAUCCAAUUCUGUAGAAUUUUCCAAUGCAUAUAAUUGCGCAGCCAAAUCUCCAAUGAAUCCAGAUAAUAAAUGUUCGGUAUGGUGAAUUUUUCGAUAUAUUAUUUUAUUCUCAGUUU